CGAUUUGACACUCGAUAGAAAUAAAUAGAAUAACAGCUGUCUGCGUAAAAACACAAGAAGGUGAUUCAUAGAACACGAAAAACGUCGUAAAUUCGAAGAACAGCAUUUCUUUCAGCAAGGGUAACUGCCAAACUAUAUUUACACUCACAUUAACAGCAAAAGCUUCAAACUGGGUAACGAUAUGUCCACUUCUUCUAUGGAAAAACACCUUUUCAAUCUAAAGUUUGCUGUUAAGGAGCUUGAGCGUAAUUCGAAAAAAUGUGAGAAGGAAGAGAAGUUGGAAAAAGCAAAGGCCAAGAAGGCCAUUCAAAAGGGUAACAUGGAUGUAGCACGGAUACACGCUGAGAAUGCGAUAAGACAGAAGAAUCAAGCAGUGAAUUACCUUAGAAUGAGCGCCCGUGUGGAUGCUGUGGCCAGUCGUGUGCAAUCUGCGCUUACUACACGCAAGGUCACAAGUUCAAUGGCUGGCGUAGUUAAGGCCAUGGAUGCUGCCAUGAAGGGCAUGAAUUUGGAGAAAAUCUCAUCAUUAAUGGAAAAAUUCGAGUCACAAUUUGAGGACCUAGAUGUACAAAGCUCUGUCAUGGAAGGCACCAUGUCUGACACUGUGACUACAUCGGUGCCCCAAGGGGAUGUUGAUAACCUAUUGCAACAGGUUGCCGAUGAGGCAGGUCUCGAGUUGAACAUGGAGUUGCCCAGUGGUGUACAAAGCACCACAAUUGGCGCUUCUACACAAGUCUCUCAGGAACAGGACGAACUAACGCAACGUCUCGCACGCUUGCGUCAAGCUGAAUAAAAACAAGGUUUAUCCCCACUGCAAGAACAUCAGCAACCGAUAAAAACCCGGUAUCGUUGAAUUUCAUUGUUUUAGAUUUAUAUAAGUAAAACUUUAAAGUAUGUAUGUAUGUGUAAUUAAUCUAUGAACUAUUCAUUCACAUUGUAAAUGCGUGAGAUGCCGUAUAUUAAAUUAAAUCUUAAUUAAUUGCUGCUCUGG